GGUGUCUUCUUGGCCAACGACACCGAGGUGACCUCCUUCGUCAACCACAUCAGGGCAUCAACAGGACAUAAUCCUGGGAAAGGCAGGUGUGGUGGAAGCGAAUGGGUGGCUGCACGAGAGUCCUCCAACAAGUCUGCGAGUAAAGUAGAUGAGGAACGGGUCGAGGUUGCAGUGUGUCGUCAUGGCAUUUUGCUGAAGGGACUGAACAUGUUCCGUGGGGAGAUAUUUGCCUAUCCUUUAUAUCUCCAGAAACAGCUUGUUUCACACAAUGUUCAGUUUUUUUGCUCUGAUGUGGUAUGCAAAUAUUGGCCAUAUUUGCAGAGGGUUGUUGGCCACUGUCCUGAGUUACAGGUCCUGUUGAACAUGCAGCCCUUUCUCUCCAUCAUGCACGCUAAAGCACAUUCAUGGAUGUGUGAGAGGGAGCAGGAACAACAAUAGGGGAGGAAGUUGAACAGGUGAACAGUUUCCUUUCUUGAGCAGCCCUAUGUUCCAAGUACAUGUCAAAAGCUGCCCGCACAGACAUCCUUACCAUCCAGGCCAUUGGCUGGAACAAGCGGAAGACAGAAAAUCUUGACCGGACUUUGGCCAAACGACACAUCAAGACUGUGCAGAGGAUUGCUGAAGCGUCUGAGGAGCUCAAGAAAUUGGCUGGAGAGUUGUCUAUUCAGGAAGACACUGUUCAGCAAUGGGUGUCUGAUGUUCAACAGUGGACUGCAGAAGGACCAUGCAGUCAAAAUGAACUUGAAAAAACCAUUGAAGGACUGUAUCUCAGCAUUAAGCAGCGGAAAUAUCAGCUGUAUCGUCAGGCUGAUGGCAACAAGAGAAGACAUCUGCUUAGAAAAAAGAUUUCAGUGGAAAAGAGAUCCUUAGAAGAUGCCAUCACAAAAUACAAUGCUGUUGUGCCAGAAACUGGCAAACUCCCUUCUCCCAACAAGCUCCUGGCUGAGGAAAACUAUUCCUGGCCUUGGGAAUGUCAUGGUGAUAUGUUUAAGAAAAAAAAGGUCUUCGACAAGGUAAUGCUGCUGAACCACCUGAAGGAAGAGGAGGUCAUUGUUGUCCGUGAAGUCAAGCAGCACUGGGAGUACAUGAGGAAUAUGGCUGGAAAUAUUGAAGAGAUUUCCUCCCAGCUUUCAGAAGGGAUCACUCAGCAAAGCGGCACAGAUGCAUUGACUGGGAGAGGACGUGAGGGGCUACUCUUGUCUGCUGAAGAGAAGACUGUCAGCAAUUCAAGCUCAGCAGGGUGCAGCUCGCUCAACGUACCAACGUGUUUUUGGAUCGCAAGCCUUGUCUCUCGAUGAUUCGUCCACUGGUGAUGAAGAACCCCAUGAUAGCAGCUCCUCCACCGAAGAUGAAGAACACUACGAUUGUAGCUCCUCUUCUGAACUUUGACCUCCCUCAUUAAAAAAUUAGGAAAACUGUUGUUAUUGUUGAUUACCUGGCCUGCAGUAUGAAUGUGAAAUGUUAAAAUAAACUGUCCUGCAAUUGACUCUUUUUCUGAGUUAUGUACUAUUACUAUUUUGAAGUAGAUGCUGAUGCUUUUUAUGUAAAUUAUGAAUUAUUAAUUUGAGAUUUGUUGGUAGGGCAGUGAAAUACGGCUUUUCAUGCAGCCUCA